AUGCAGGAGCGGGCGGUACAGAGGGUGUGCGUGUGGCUCUUGCUGGUGUUUUUGACCCUUCUGUCUCUCUGGGGUCAUCUGUCGGAUGCCUCCUCUCACCGCAGUCACAUUGUGCACGUGAAGGCUGGCACAUGUGAGGUGAUUGCAGCCCAUCGCUGCUGUAACAGAAAUAAGAUUGAGGAGCGAUCGCAGACAGUUAAGUGUUCCUGCUUCCCAGGACAAGUCGCUGGAACAACAAGGGCUGCACCCUCCUGUGUGGAUGCAUCUAUAGUAGCUCAGAAGUGGUGGUGUCAGAUGCAGCCGUGUUUGGAUGGUGAGGAGUGUAAAGUCCUGCCCGACCUCACAGGCUGGAGCUGCAGCACAGGAAACAAGGUGAAGACCACCAAGGUGACCCGAUAGUUCUACGCUCCAAGGAACCGCCAGACCCAACUUACUGGGGACAAAAGUGCUGAAAGUGAAGACUAACUAAAGACAGCAUUAAGCUUCAGCUAACGAUCAGUAUUAGUCACACAAAGAUUAUUUGCAAUCAAAACGUCUGAGGAACUGAUCUCUGACUGAUCUCCAGAAAUAUAUCCACCAUAAACAUAAGGACCAUCCUGAAGUCAAUGUGUCCUCCUCAACGGACCCCCCUGGCCUUCUGGACGCUCAUUCCUUUGGGUGUGGAUCCAACCUCUGGAAUUUGUUGGCUGGGGGGUCUUGAUGUACGUAUGCAGUUGUUGUUUUUUUUUUUGUUUUUUUUUACAGAAGAUGUUUUGAUCAUCUACACCAGUGCAGCCCAAUGGAGUUUAAGCUUAUCAGCAACAUGCCCUUCUUCCUUGUCCUUCAGUUCUUCCGACAAAUCCAUAACCAUUCCUGCUCUACCUGAUCAGAAGGUCCGACCAUUUCUUGUGGAAUCCUUUAAACAGCAUUUAAACAUGUAAAAUCUGGACCUUUAACGGACUCAUCUUCUGUAUAUUGUUUGUUUCUAAAUUAAAGCUUUUCAACCCCACAGUCUGAAAUAACAGAUUAGAUGUACCAGUAUAUUCUAGAAAAUGUAAAAGUGUAAAAGAUGUUAUUCUCAAAACAAACAGAAUAAAGUUUAAAGGUUAUCACUUUUAUUAUCAAUGUUUUUAUCCAGCCUGGUAACUGCUAUUGAGUACAUGUGUCAGUAUUAUAUUCAAUAAUUAAAA